CUCAAUGGUCGGAGAGGAGGAAGGCAAAGGCGGGCUCCCCCAGGUGAGUGAGACAACCAUGACUCUGGAGAAGUCCUUUGUCCUGCUCCCUCUGCUAGCCCUGAUGUUGCUGGUGCUGGGGUGGGCCCAGCCUUCCCUGGGCAAGGAAUCCCCAGCCAGGAAGUUCCAGCGGCAGCACAUGGAUUCAGACAGCAAUCCUAGCAACAGCUCCAGCUACUGCAACCUAAUGAUGAGGCGCCGUAAUAUGACAAAGGGAUAUUGCAAGUCAGUGAACACAUUUGUGCACAAUCCCCUGGUAGAUGUCCAGGCCAUCUGCCUCCAGAAGAACAUCACCUGCAAGAAUGGGCAGCCCAACUGCCACCAGAGCAACUCAAGCAUUCCUAUCACAGACUGCCGCCUGACGGGCAGCUCCAAGUACCCCAACUGUGCGUACCGGACCAGCAACAAGAUGAGACAUAUCAUCGUGGCCUGUAAGGGGAAACCGUAUGUGCCUGUCCACUUUGAUGGUUCAGUGGAGGUCUCCUCCUUAGGCCAGAGCACACAUACCCUCACCACCUCAUGACUGUGACAUCUAGGUCACAACACACAUAUGGGUCUGGGUCUUGCCCCUCAGUGGUUUUGGCCGUUAGGGGCGGGGAUUUGGGGAUUAUAUUUACAUCUUCACCGCUUCUCUUUAUAUAAUAUAGUUGCAACCACAUGGAAUCCUGAAGCUGUCCCUACCCAGGCAGUGUUUCUGUAAUUGCUUUCCUGCAAGGGCAAGAAGUAUAAAAUUAACUAAAUCUGUGAACAUAUGUGAGGUGUGGGAUCACUUUGCAAAAAGCAUUUUGGCCUUCGUUUUCUGUUCUUUUGAGCCAUACUAAUACCUGAGGCUAAUGAAUGGGGGGCUGACCAGCACAAGAGGGGUCAACGUAGGAGCCUGAUGCUGUUCAGGCAUUAUGUAAUCUAUCCUGGCCAUGGGAUGAAGAUGAUAAGAGCCCUGAGCCCUAAGGCUCAGAUGGAGCUUCAUGGUUGGUGACCAUGCUUGGGAGGGGAUAGUGCACCCCUCUUUGGGAAAUGGAAGCUUCACUCUGACCCCUCCCAGACCUCACCCUA